AUGCAAAGACAAGGACCUUCAAGGUUUAUGACAGAUGCACCCAUAACAUCAGCCUUAUCCUUAAAUGCAAGUCAAGCAACAGCAGGAGGUACAACAACAACCUUAGCUUCACAAAAUGCCUUUUUAUCUAGUGUGGAAGAAGAUCAAAAUAAAAAAUUAGAUAAUGAAAUUGAAUUAAUUGUGACGAGUUUUCGCGAUAUUGUUAAAAGUCCUGGCUUUCAUGAAAUGGUUAGAAUGCCUGGCAGAUCUGAAGAUAGGUCCGUUGAUAAAGAUAAAUAUAGAAAUGCUUUGGAUGGUUUCCUUGUCGAGUUAAGAGCUGCAAGUUUGGUACGAUCUUGCGAAUCACUUUUAACAAUGACACAUGAUUUAAAAACGACCCUUUUGUUAAAUGAUACACAAACACUAAUGAAAUUACAUGAAGAUCGUAGAAAAGCACUCAAUGCUAGAACGUUAAAAAUAAAAUCAAAAAUUUUACAAUUAAACGAUGUUAUUAGUGAUGCUAUUUGGGAAAUGGAAAGCGUUUUAGGUGGGGGUCAACCAAAUGGUGCAAAUGGAAAUGGACGCAACUUUGGUUCCAAAAAGUCAAAAAAUAUGCAUAAUCGGUAUAAGGAACAUGUUUCAUCAAUAAAUAAUGAAUAUACAAGCGAAGAAAGUUUUUAUGAAGUCACAAAUCAAAAGGUUGAUGACAAUAAAGGUAGUAACAUCCCAAUGCCACUGAGUAUGUGGGAUUUUGGACAUUGUGAUCCAAAAAAAUGUUCAGGUAAAAAAUUAGUUAGAUUAAAUAUAGUAAAAGAAUUAAAAAUAUCAACCAGAUUUCGUGGGGUUGUAUUAAGUCCGGAAGGAAAGCAGGCAGUUUCACCGGCAGAUCGAGCAAUUGUACAAGAACAUGGAAUUGCUGUUGUUGAUUGUUCUUGGGCUAAACUAGACGAUGUUCCAUUUAGUAAAUUGAAAACUGGGAAUGAUCGAUUAUUGCCAUAUUUAGUAGCUACAAAUCCCGUAAAUUAUGGUCGCCCAUGGAAAUUGAAUUGUGUUGAAGCAUAUGCUGCUUGCUUUUACAUAACUGGGUUCAAAGAAUAUGCUCAAGAGUUAUUAUCAAAGUUUAAAUGGGGUCAUUCUUUUCUUACUCUAAACGGGGAGUUGUUAUCAAAAUAUGUACAAUGUGAAGAUAGUAUAGAAGUUGUUAAAGUUCAAAAUGAAUGGUUAAACCAUUUAAAAGAAGAAUAUUCUCAAGCUCGUGAAAAAG